ACGCAGGCUGGAAGGUUGUUGUUUUUGUGCAGCGUUUAGAUAAAUAAAUUUUGUCCUAAAGUAGUGAUAAUCCUAUAUAUUUGUUAUUUAUUACAUUAUUUCUAAAUAAUAACGAGAAAUUUUAUAUACAGCAUUAAUAAAAAGAAAUUGUUUUUUCUACAACAGUCAUACAGUGUCACCAAGUUAGAAAUUUGGAUCCGCUGAAAACCGCAGAUCACCUUUCUCUAUUUUUGAUACAAAUCCUCGCAUCUUAACCGAAAUGGCCUAUCAGAGAGCUCCAACUGUAGUAGGAGUGCCUAACUUCAAUGCUGUAGAAGAUGCAGCAGCUUUGAGGGCCGCCAUGAAGGGCUUUGGUACAGACGAGCAAGCGAUCAUUGAUAUAUUGACUACCAGGUCCAACAUGCAGCGGCAAGCCAUAUCACAGGCUUUCACACGAGAGUAUGGAAGAGAUCUCAUUGAAGACCUGAAGUCCGAAUUGGGUGGUCACUUCGAAGAUGUAAUUGUGGCUCUGAUGACUCCCCCUGAGGAGUAUCUGUGCCAAGAGCUGCACCGUUGUAUGGAGGGUAUGGGCACGGAUGAAGACACCCUCGUUGAGAUCCUCUGUACCAGAACCAAGCCGGAGAUAGCCGCUAUUGUGGACACAUACGAACGAUUGUACGACCGCCCGCUGGCCGAGCACAUGUGCUCCGAGACGUCGGGCGACUUUCGCCGCCUCCUGACACUCAUUGUCGUCUCUGGUGCGAAGGGGGCCCGCGCAGACGAGGCGCCGGCCGACCCCGAGCGGGCCCGCGAGCUCGCGCAGGAGUUGUACGACGCCGGGGAGGCCAAGUGGGGGACCGACGAGGAGGUCUUCAACAGAAUCUUAGCCCACGAGAGUUUCGCCCAGCUCCGCCAGAUCUUCGAGGAGUACAAGAACAUCGCGGGGCGCACCGUCGAGCAGGCCAUCAAGGCGGAGAUCGACGGAGAGCUCAAGGACGCGCUGUCCGCCAUCGUGGAGUGCGUGGAGGACGCGGCCGGCUGGUUCGCGCGGAGGCUGCGCCGCGCCGUGCAGGGCGCCGGCACCGACGAUAGGGCUCUGGUCAGGAUCCUCGCCACCCGCGCCGAGGUAGACCUCGAUAACGUCAAGCUGGAGUACGAGAAGCUGUACGACAAGACCCUCCAGAGCGACAUCUCGGGAGAGACCUCUGGAGACUACAAAAGGGCUCUGGUAGCCCUCAUCGGACCAGCCUAAGAAGGCCUUUGCUGUUGGAAGCAUCCAUUCGAUGUCAUACAGAUUGCUUCUUAUUCCUCGAAUAUUUACAACAACGUUAACAAGGAUUAUUUAAAGAAAUUAGUAAUAUUGUAAUUGUAUUUCAAGUAAAAUUUAUUUUUUGUUAAGCUUUACGUGGCAUAUCUGAGCCAAUAGAUGUGAUUAUUUUCACUUUUAUCAUAAAAAUACAAUAGAUUUUUUUGUAUGAAAAUAAACAAAAUCGUACAAUUUGAAAGUACGUUCAUUUUGUUUAAAUUAAAACAACUGAACAGACUGAGAUAGCUGAAUAAUAUCCUUUAUUAUCAUUAAAUUAAUUUAAUAAACUAUUUAUUUUGUCAUUGAUAACAAUUAUACAUUUUAUAAAUUCUAAAUCUUCAAUUGUAAGUGCACGCAUUAGGUACUUUGUACAAUCGCCUUAUUAAUGUCAUGAAACAUGAAAUUGUUGUCAAUUUAAUAUUUUAUCGCGUGUUUUUGCAUUCCGAAUCAUAUUUUGUGAGGUCCGUGUUUUUAGUAUUCAGUUAAGCUUUAAAAGUUUAUAAAAAUAUUUACUAUUUAAUAAAUAGCUGUGUACAAUA